AUGAACUACGCCGCCGUGCGCGCCGUGCAAAUGACAAGUCUAAACCGCCAGCGCGCGAACAUCGUCUUCUCCGCCCUCCUGGACUCAGACAGCAGUCUAGCCCUAGCCCUAGAUCUCAAUCUCAAUCUCGGUGCUACACCCACAACUACACUAGAAAAGAAAAGCACUCUCCUCACACUCACACCGGCACAGGUCGCCCAGCACGAGCGCAUCUUCCACCAAGACGGCGCGUUGCAGUGGACGCAGCAUACAACAACCCAGCACCUAGGAUCCGCGCAGAUAGGCGUGUCUAUGUCUACAUUCCUGCGUAGUUGCGGAUCAAGUUCCGGUCCCGGGUCAGGUAGGAAAUCAUCAUCAUCAUCAUUCCCACGCACGCUCCCGCUACCGCAACUUGUGACUGUUUUCGCGGAUGAGUACUAUAUGCUGUUUCUCGCACCGGGAGGGAACCCGAAUUCGAAUGCGAAUGUAACGAAAUUGCAUGCUUCGAUUCUCUUGAAGCGGGGCUGUGCAGUCGAGCACCAGUUGAAGGCGUGGGCUCAUGCGUUGCUGGCUGCAAGGGUUCUGGCUCUGGUUGGGAUUUCAACGCCUUCUUCUUCUGUUGAUGCGGUUCUUGCUGUUGUGGAGAGGACGCUUGGCUUGUUGAAUGCCGAUGCGCGAUUCCAGGGAUAUCUGAUGGCGUUGAGGGGUGUUGGGUGGGAUGUUGGUAUUGCGGCUUUGGAGACGGGGGGGGGACGGAGGAUUGAUAUUUGA